AUGAAGCUGUACGUCCUCUCAUUCAGCAGCAAUUGCAGUGUGGCUGUUUCACACACAACCUCCAACACAUUUCAAGCUUCAAUCUUUCAGACAGUUCCUCAUAUGCGCAUAAGGGUGGGAAUUAAAAUCAGGGACUUUGCAAGCUCAACUGUUCAGAGAUCAUGCAUAACAUGCCCUCUUUUCAAAGGGUUUGGAGACCAUGCUUCACAUAUUCACAUGUUCUGCCCCCUCCCUGUAAUCCACUCCCCUAGAAAAUGGAAAAGAUUUCAGAGUGUUCCCAAAACUCUGUAUUUUCAAGUUACCAUGGAUUGCUUGUUUCUCAAAGUGGAGGAUUAUAGUAUUUUAGGUGUGAAGAAAUUGCUUUGUUCUAAGCUCUAG